UGACGUUUCAAUAUUUCUUACCGCACGAACUUCCCUCUCCACCAUUAAUGAUGUACUGCGCGUCGCCCAAACCCAUAACUCACUAUCUUGGUACUUUUGUUUACCAACGCGCUCUCGAUCCAUCCAACCCACGGAAGGCCGGUCGGACCUGUCAGCAAGCGAGUCGUGCAAACCGCGCAACUCGUUGACUAUAGCCGGUAGCCACUCCAUUUUACCCCUACCCUCCUCACCCAGAACCUUUGCCUUGCUUUGCAGUACUUUAGAAUUAGACUACCUUACCCACAUACCUACAUUAGCCCGCCCCGAUGCCUACCGUUCGCACAUACCAAAGUCAUAUCUUUUGUAUCUGAUCUGCAGCCAGAUGGUCGAUCGUUACCUUUGUAAGACGAGCGGACUUUGGCGCGCUCCCUCCCAUACUCCUAAAACACUGACUGCAUUUGUUUCGAUUUCUUGCAUGCAUGCGAUUCCGAUCCUACACGGUUGCAUUUGCAUUGUUUGCCAUUCCUACCUACCUAUCCGUACCUUACCUACCUUACUUAACAGGCUCGUAAUAUCAAAAAUCUCCUAGCAUAGCUUUCGUCCGGAGGUUCCAUUUAGUGCAUAGAGAAGCCCAAAAUCGAUCCCAUCCAUGAAACCUGCAGAUAAUAACAGGCUCUCAUUAUCCCGGAAUUCAACAACCCUCCCCAUCCGACUGGUUAACUCUACUCCCCAAGGGUGAAUGGGGUCAAAUUCCGACAUGUCAGGUUCCAACGCGAGCGAGCCAUCUUCAGCUGUGGCACGGAAACCAGGGGUGGCAUUGGCAGGUCUCCCCGAGGAGAUUCUUCUCGCGAUACUACUUUACCUGGAGCCGACCGAUAUCGCUCGACUACAGCAAGCGUCCCGAAAGUUCUGCAGUCUGUUUCGGGACAACACCUUCUGGCGCUCCAUCUGCCUCCAGGAGUCUCCCUUUCUCGAGACUUACAAUCGCCGCCGAGUUGGUCUCUACAACCCAAGUCGAAGUCCGGACUCUCUUCAAAGAAUCGCCAUACAAGUCAACCAUGAAGCCGAUCUCAAAUCCGAAUGGCAGGCUCCUUUUAAGAAAGAGAGGCGUCGGAUAAUGGCAAACUGGGACCCGACAUAUGUGGGCGAGAAUGUCUCAUGGUACAGCGAGUACAUACAGCGACACGGAAAGAUCACCAUCAAUUGGCUUCAGCAGCCACAAAUAAACGAAGGCUCAGGAAUUCGGGCGAAUGAGGUCAAGGGUGUGGCCCUCUAUCGCCCGGACAACCCCGAAGGAGAGUCGGGCAGGACAGGCAACGUUUACGCUGUGUCCCCAUUGGAGGACGGAUCGGUGUGCCUGUGGGAUGUCAACGGUACCAGUCGUAAACCUGGAGCUAUCGCCGCCAAGAGCGAACCUGGAAUUCUGUUUAUUGAUGGACCAAGGGGUAACAAUAGCCUGCGCUCAAAGAGGGUCGACAGUGGCGUUACAGAGUGCGUUGCGGUUGACAGCCAUCGCGGCAGGGCAUUCGUAGCGGUUCAGAGUCAUCUUCUCGAAGUAGACCUGGAACGGAUGUCAGUUGCAGGUUGCGAAUCUUUCCCAUGGUCAAUCACUACCAUGUCAACUGCCGACCCGAACCUCCCUCUGACGGUUGGGACUACUCAUGGCUUGCAUAUUCAUGACUACAGAGCAAGAGGAUCUGCGAUACAGCGUGUUGAUGAUGGAAAUGGGAUUGAUCACUUUGACAGGUCAGGCGCUAAUGGCUACUAUGAGAGAUCCAUGCGGGCCCUGUUCGCGGACGAUCCACUGCCCCCAUAUACGUCCCUUGCACAGCCAGGACCACUGAGUAUCCUACACCUCGGGGAACUUAGCGGCGCGUCCAACGACAUUUAUGUUGCUGGCCGAUUCUCCAACAUUCUUCAUUACGACCGCCGAAAAUUUGGCACGAUCAAGGACUCAAUUCAUUCUGGCGCGCGCCUGUGCAGCAUGACAUCUCUUCCAUAUCCCUACAACCACCUGGCCAGCGAAGGACGAAGAAAGGGGCAAAUGUCAAUCGCGGAGGUCAAGGAAAGCAAGGAGCUGAGGGGUCAUACAUUGGUUGCCUGCGGCGAAUACAACACAAAAGGUUCCUUGGAACUUUACGGACUUAGAGACGGCGCAUCAUCUUUGUCCCCUCCGCUGAGCUCGGAGAGUAUCAAAAACCGCCAGACGUCCUCACCUUCAAAGCUGCUAUGUGUUUCGAAUCAUGGAACACGUCUGGUUGUUUCUAAUGGGUCCGGUCUCAUAAAAUGGUUCGAGCGUGACGGGUUCACUGAAGUCCGAAAAUGCCGGGUCGGUCAAAGUAAAGCGGCUCAGAGUGCAGGGCUAAGAGUACUUGGUUCGGCAUCGGGUUGUGAAGAUAUGGCACGGAAGCUACUCCCGAUCGCGCACCAGGAGACAGUUAAAAAUAAUGAUAUUUUGUUCUGGACUGGCGAGAGACUUGGUCUUGUAGGUUUCUCGGCCAGGCCAGGCUUUACCAUGGACGAAUUUGAGCAGGAGGCCAAGUCGGCAACAGAGCUCGAACAGGAGCGGGUGGAGCGUAGUUAUAGGGAGGGCAUGCGCCUUGCGCUGCAGCGUCAGGCCGAGGAUGUUAGAUUUGUCCGGGGGCUGGGACUCGGGGCUACGAUGUAACCAUGUAGUAAACCGAGCACGAUUGGUCACGACCCCCUCCUAGGUGUUCACGUCUAAUCCCAACCCGG